GCCCCCUCAAAACAGACUGUUAGCCAUCACAGGCCCUGGUGGAGGUAGAGGCCGUGGGAGCUUAUUGCUGAGGCGUGGAUUCUCGGAUAGUGGAGGAGGACCCCCAGCCAAGCAGAGGGAUCUUGAAGGGGCAACCAGUAGGCUGGGUGGAGAACGUCGGACAAGAAGAGAAUCACGCCAAGAAAGCGAUGCAGAGGAUGACGAUAUUAAAAAGCCAGCAUUGCCAUCCUCUGUUGUGGCUACCUCCAAAGAGCGAACACGUCGAGACCUUAUACAAGAUCAAAAUAUGGAUGAGAAAGGAAAACAAAGGAAUCGACGUAUAUUUGGCUUGUUGAUGGGCACUCUUCAAAAAUUCAAACAGGAGUCCACAGUUGCUACUGAAAGGCAAAAGAGACGACAAGAAAUUGAACAAAAACUGGAAGUGCAGGCAGAAGAAGAAAGAAAGCAAGUUGAAAACGAAAGGCGAGAACUGUUUGAAGAGCGACGCGCCAAACAGACAGAGCUGCGGUUACUGGAGCAGAAGGUUGAACUUGCCCAGUUGCAAGAAGAAUGGAAUGAACAUAACGCUAAAAUAAUUAAAUACAUAAGAACAAAGACAAAACCCCACUUAUUCUACAUACCUGGCAGAAUGUGUCCUGCUACGCAGAAGUUGAUGGAAGAGUCACAAAAAAAGAUGAAUGCAAUCUUUGAAAGCAGGCGAAAUGAAUUUGCAGAGCAGAUUAACAAAAUGGAGGCCAGGCCCAGAAGACAAUCUGUGAAGGAAAAAGAACAGCAAGAGGUGCAGAAAGAAGAAAAGAAGGAAGGACAGAACAAGGAGCAGGAAGAGGGUAAGGUGGCUCAGCAGGUGGAGGAGUUGGAGACAGGUAAUCAGCACAAUGAUGUAGAAAUGGAGGAGUUAGGGGAGGAAAAGGGAAAAACAGGUUCAGGGCAUAGUGAUACAGAGAGAGAACAGGAAGAGGAUGAACAGAAACAUGAAAUGGAGGUUAAAGUAGAAGAGACUGCUGAAGUGGGGGAGAAUGACAAGCGACAGGAUGGUCAGCCUGAAGAGAUCACAGUUGUAAAAGAGGAAAGUGAAAACAUUCAGCCAGUGGAUAAUGAGCAGGAUGUGGCUGAAAUUAAUGAGGCAGAUAGCAUAGAACCUGUAGAAAAUGAAAAUGACAAAGAAAUGGAACCAGAGACAGAGUGUGAUGCUCAGCCAGAAAAAGUGUGUAAUGUUCCUUCUCCCAACAAGGAGAAAGGUAUCAAACAAGAAAUUGAAGGGGAACUUGAAGAAAAACAGGAGAUGGCACCUGAAGCUCAGCCAGAACCUGUGGCUGAGAUGCUCUCUCAGCCACAGUCUGUGCCACUGCCACAGUCACCUCAGUUGUCUCAGUCCACUCAGGAUACAGAGCCCCAGGCAGACAAAGAUGAAAAUGCUGUGGUGUCGGUAAAGGUGGCUGAGGCACAGACAGAGCAGAAUCAGGCACCGAGUGCUGAAAUUAAGAGUAAGACUAGGAGCAGAAGCAGGGGUAGGGCAGGGAACAAAACUGGUAAGAGUCAUAGCCGUAGCAGCAGCAGCAGUAGUAGCAGUAGUACUUCAAGCAGUACUACUAGCGCAAGUAGUUCCACCACUGCUAGCAGUAGCAGUCGGAGCAGUUCCACCAGCAGCAGCACUACGAGUGGCAGCACGAGCAGGGGCAGCAGCAGCAGUAGCUCCAGCAGUAGCGAAAGUAGAAGUCGAAGCCGAGGAAGAGGGCAUAACAGGGAUAGAAAACACAGGAGGAGCACGGACAGGAAGCGAAGGGAUGCUUCAGGAGUAGACAGGAGUCACAAGUCCUCAAAAGGUGGGGCUAGAGAUGCCAAAAGCUCGAAGGAUAAAAGUUCAAGAUCUGACAGAAAAAGGUCUAUAUCAGAAAGUAGUCGGUCAGGCAAGAGAGCUUCACGGAGUGACAGAGACCGUAAAUCAGACAGGAAAGAUAAAAGGCGUUAACAGAAGAGACCAAGCUUCCUUAGCCUAAUCUUUGCAGCGAAGAUUAUUUGAGUGAAAGGAUUCCUUGUAAGGAGGAGGAAAAGGCUGCCUUAAGAAUUGCAUGCUGUAAAAAAUCUUUUGGACAAAUGCAGACUGUUUACCAGGCAUUCUUGUACUUUUUACAUAAUUUUGUAAAAGGUUACGUAUCAAAAUUGUGAAGUUCCUGAAAAUGUAAAAAUAAAAGAUUAACACUC